GUGUAAACAACCUUUUUGAGACUUCGACACCAACAAUUAGACGCCCAAUACAGGGCCUUUACCUUGUGGCUGUAGAUGUGGAGGGUUGCCCGAGAUUUCAAUUCGAUGCCGUUUAAUCAAAGCCGACAUUCAAAGUAUAUGAGGCUUAUGCGCGUCAAGGAUAGCCUGGAUAGAUGGUGAGAUGGAGGACAACCAAUCCGAUAAUCCCUCACAGCUGAAUAUCGAGCGAGAUGCCGUGCGCCACGAUGGCGUCUUAUCUACAUCUCGUAAUUACCAGUCCGGAGCUGAGUACGACGCGCCAGAGUCGUACAAGAAUCUUCAUGAUGUAGACGAAAAUGGCGAUCGUUUGGAUCCCGAUGUUCCACAUACUGCCGAAGAAUUGAAACAAUUGGAGACCCGGAGGCAACGGCGUCGGUCGUCCGUCUCACAGUCGAAUUAUGAUAUCCCCGAUUCUUACGCCAAUGUACCUGAGCUAGAGGAGAUAGCCCCUAUCCCGAGUCGGGAUGAACGUCGCUGGCGUCCAAGUCCUUCGCUUGAGGAGGGAAGGGAACUCGAACGUCGGUACACCAUCCAGCAGGAGGCUCGACGACAUAGUGGCGAAGAACCACAAAAAGCCGAGGAGGGAGGACACCACGUUUCGAGAUUAGCAACUGAGAUCUACACAAUCUCAUAUCUCAUUCUCUUCGCCAUAUUUGGUACUCUUGCCCGGGUCGGACUCCAGGCUCUCACCAAUUAUGUCGGCGCUCCCGUUACUUUCAGUUCUUUGUGGCCCAAUUUUGCAGGGAGUAUGGUUUUGGGAUUUCUUGCGGAAGAUCGUAUGCUCUUCCGUUUCGAAUGGGGUACGCCGACAUACGAGUUGCAGCUAUUGAGGGCGAAGGAGAGUGAGCUCAACGAGGAAACGGGAGAAUCUAGUUCUGGUAGGGUAACUAUCGAUCUUGCUGCAGCAAAGAAGGCGCAUAUGGCUACCAAAAAGACUAUACCGCUAUACAUCGGGCUUGCCACUGGAUUUUGCGGGUCUUUCACGUCCUUCUCGUCCUUCAUACGUGAUAUAUUCCUCGCGUUAUCAAACGAUCUGCUCACACCAGGAACCGGUCCGGUUACUAUUCCUCGGAAUGGCGGCUACUCUUUCAUGGCCCUUGUGGCGGUUGCCAUUACCACUAUUACGUUAUCCAUUGCCGGUCUCCUCAUCGGAGCCCAGCUCGCCUUGGCCUUAGAACCGAUCACACCCUCACUUCCUUUCAAUUUCACCCGGAAAUUCAUCGACCCAUUCGCCGUCUUCCUCGCAUGGGGCUCGUGGAUCGGGGCCAUCCUCUUAUCAAUACUUCCACCAGACAGAUUCGUCAACGAAGGAGCGUCAGAGAUCUGGCGCGGUCGAGCCACGUUCGCGCUAGUAUUCGCCCCUCUCGGCUGUCUUGGCCGAUUCUACGCUUCUCUUUACCUCAACGGGUAUCUGCCGUCGUUCCCACUAGGCACCUUCACCGUCAAUAUCUUGGGCACCAUGGUUCUUGGCAUGGCCUGGGACCUCGCGCACGUCCCCGUUGGCGGUGUGAUUAGCUGCCAAGUAUUCCAAGGGAUCGAGGAUGGCUUCUGUGGAUGCUUGACCACCGUGUCCACCUGGGUCGCGGAGCUGACUGCCUUGAGUAGACGACAUUCGUAUAUGUACGGAGGCACGAGCGUGCUUGUCGCGCUUGCUUGCAUGGUAGCGAUUAUGGGCGGCCUGAGAUGGAGCGACGGCUUUAGUUCGUUGAAAUGCUUGCAUUGAUGAGCGUUUAAAUAGGAUACCUAUUGUUAACUAAUGUAGUGCACGCGUCAAGUCGUUGAGGUAUCGACGAUAGCCCCAUGGAUAAUCUAUCCCUUCUAGAAGAAAAGAAGUAUGGGGUUGGGGUUAGGGUUGGGGUUAUGAUGCUCACAGGCAUCCGCUAAUAUUCUAUCUUCUAAACGCCGUUCGACCCGGAUCGCAACAAGCAUAUUCAAGACCAAUAUCUACGAAAUAGUAGGAGAAUUAGACGCCACAAUAAUAAACGCUUGA